AUGACCAUCGACCCCCUCCAGGCAAUUAGUGACUCCCUCAGCCAAUCCACCCAGAACCCUACUCCAUCUAACCCCAACACUUCCUCCUCCAACCCUGCAACGGUCCCUUCCAAUACUUCCACCCCGAUCCCAAAAAACCCAUCAAACCUCAUCCCUUCCGCACCAUCCAAAACGAAUCCCACACAAAAAGGCACGGAAGCGAGAACGCAAAACCACACCCACCUUAACCUAAACCGUAAAGACAAUGGCUCAACGCCCAAGGGAUCGGCAGCAGCCCCCAAAGUCUCCAAAACUGCGACCAUCCUCAACACAGAGAUCGGCAAAUCAAUCGUGGGGUCACAAGAGCCACAAGAUCCCAAGUCAGCGGAUCCAAUCCAGCAGAAGGCUAAAGCAAGAAGCAUGCUACUCGCCAAAGCAAUCAAGGCCCAGGAAGACGGCGAUGAUGAACGAGCAGAUCGAUUCUUCGCGAUGCACGACACCCUGCUGAAGGAAGAGACCCUAGUGGUGUCACAGAACGACCACAAGAUCCAAGUCCUCACAAGCCCUCCAGUGGUUCCUCAGAAGAGGCCUAUAGCAGCCGAAGGAACCAUCGAAUCAAAAGGCAUCAAGUUUAAAUGGGGCAUUUCAAACUCCCAUGACGACGGGGGAUUCACCCCAUACUUCCAUAAAAACAUCUCCGAACUCAAGGGCCCAAUCCCUCUGACCAUCUUCAACAAGAAAUGGCAGGAAGAGGCCCUUAGUUAUCACUCAAGAAAUCGACCGAAAGAAGAAUCCUCGGCUGAGAAAGGUCUCCGAUACCACGGACUAGCGGUACCAGACGAAUGGACACAAUCCUUCGCAGAUUGGACGUUAAAUCAUAGGUGUUUUUACGAGACAAUGAAGAAUCGUUAUAACUUCCCAAGGCUAGCAGAGUGGAUCCUCCUCCACAAAGAUAACUGCGACAAGCUGCAUCGCAAGCACGGCUUCAUGGUAGCCCUACGCUACGACAUAAGGAUCAGGAACAAUGCCUUCGCCUUCCGAGUCGAACACGACGGGGAAGAAUUUGUCUCGGACAUCUCGGAAUACAAACCAGAAACCGCAGACGACGCCCACUCUGAAGAGAGAAACUUCAACGAACUAGGCCUAAGGGAAAACCCUUACGCGGUAGGAGGCCCAAGAUACGGUUGGGAUCCUCACUCGGGGCAGAGAAACACCAAAUCGAACCCCACAGCGACACAAUCAACGAAAGGGACCUCCCAACCCACAACCAACCCCCCCUCCUCAUCCACGCCUCAACCCCCAUUCGCUCAUCUCCAAACCCCAAACUCCCUCCCCAUGCGGCCGAGCGGCCCCGAUCAGGCACAGGGGAAACCCCAGAGGAGCUCCGGUUAUAAGGGGAAGAACUACAACCCCAACCACGGAGGAGGUUACAAAAGGCGAGACUACCAACAGGAGCCAAGCAACGAUGAGUUACCUGAGGUCGUAGAGAGUGCGAAAUGGCAGAAGGCACUCGAAACAGCCGGCCUUACAGAGAAAUACGCGGAUGUCAUUCACGGACUUAAGUUCGGAUUUGACCAAGGAAUACCCAACCACGACCUAGGCCCAUCUAUCCCCUAUUUCACCCCUCCGAACCACCAGUCGGCCCUGCUGGCACAAGAGAAGAUUGAGUCCUCGAUAAGCAAGGAAAUCGAAGCGGGCCGCAUGUACGGACCGUACACACACGCCCAACUCAUGAAGAAAUACAGUUUCUUCCGAUCCAACCCGCUAGGCGCCGUGGUAAACGGUGACGGCACGGUCAGACCGAUCAAUGACUUAUCCUUCCCUCAUGACAACCUCCAAGUUCCCUCAGUAAACUCCUUCGUCGACAAAUUAGACUACGUAACCACGUGGGAUGACUUCGAACGGGUCUCUAGAUUCCUCCGAAACCAAGAAGAGCCGAUCCUAUUGGCCCUCUUCGAUUGGGAAAAGGCAUAUCGACAGAUACCGACCGCCAAAUCUCAAUGGGCCUACCUCAUGGUCCGAGACUUUAACGGCGGCAUCUUAAUUGACACUAGGAUAGCAUUUGGAGGUGUAGCAGGUUGCGGUUCAUUCGGCAGACCAGCGGAUGCGUGGAAAGACCUCAUGUUGCACGAGUUCGACUUGAUCACCGUUUUUCGGUGGGUAGACGAUAACCUGUUCAUCAAGCGACAGGACUCCACCGUCGACAUGGAGCAAAUCGUAGCACGAUCAGAGGAGCUAGGGGUAAAAACCAACUCAACAAAAUACUCCCCGUUCAAGGAAGAACAGAAGUACAUCGGCUUCAUCUGGAACGCGGCCAAGAAGACAGUAAGAUUACCGGACGACAAGAAGUUUCAAAGGAUACAGCAGAUAAAACAAUUCCUAGCACCGGAAACGGUAUUCUCCUUCAAACAAGUCGAAAUCAUGGCAGGAAGACUCAACCACGUUUCGUACCUUCUCCCACAACUCCGGUGCUACCUUAACAGCUUAUAUCGGUGGAUGAACGCCUGGGUCUUCAGGCACAUAGAGCUGGCCCUACCGGCCGACGCGCGUCAAGAUCUGGAAGAAUGGCUCACCACCCUCCUUUGCUUUAAGGAGACAAGGAUGAUACGAAACCCAGACCCGACCGAAAUUGGGUGGAUGGGCGAUGCGUCGACAAGCUACGGUAUUGGGAUUACCAUAGGCCAACACUGGGCCCAAUUUCAACUAACCAAGCACUGGGACCAAGGACCAGAACCGAAACGCGAUAUUGCGUGGCUCGAAACAGUGGCCAUCCGACUGGGGAUUCUAGCUCUCAAACAGCUAAAGAUAAGACCAGGGAAGACUCUGAUUGUAUGGACAGACAACACGACAACAGAGAGUGUAAUAUCAAAACGGAAGUCCAAGAACGAGGCGGUAAACAAUGAAUGGAAAGUGAUACAGAAACUGCUGGUGGAGGAGGAGAUUGAUAUUGUUUCAAGGAGAGUUACAUCCCAAAACAAUGUGGCAGAUGCACUGUCUAGGGGAGACAGGUCAGGCAAAGAUGUCAGAUUCCAGAUCCCAGUCGUUGUACCCUAUGACCUAGAACUAAGAUUGUAUCAAUCCUAUUGUUGA